AUGUCGCGAAAGGAACGUGAGGGCCCCGAGCCGGAGCCAGAGGUGGGUGACGGCCCCUUCUACGAGGGCUUGGGAAGGGACGAGCCCCCCAGCGAGGACCCUGACAGAUGCGUGGGUCCUGUGUUUGGGCCGAGGACGGAGGCGCUGCCCGUGUCCCCCUGGCCCGGCGCAGAGGCGGUGCUGGACGGCCAGGCCUCCCGGUACUUCGCGUCACUGGAUGCCAACAUCGGGGAUCUGCAGCAGCGCGCGCAGCAGCUGAUCGACAGGGUGAACGACAGCCGCAAGGAAGACCACACGGUGAUGAGCGGCUUCAGGGAGAGCCUGCUGAUGAAGGUCUCGGGCCUGGCGGAGCAGCUGGAGGAGCGGCUCUUCCACCUCUACGGCCUCCACAACGAGCUGAUUCAGGAGCAGCUGCAGGAGCUGGCGGAGGUGAUGGAACGGGUGGGGACGGCUGAGGCCGAGCUCCGGCAGGUCUGCCGCACCGUGGAGGCAGCCUACCGUGACCUCUGCUUGCAGCCUGAAACCUGAAAGGGGCCCCAGAUCCGCAGGGGCCCCCCCCAAACCCGUGGGAUCCCCCCGCCUUGGUCCUGUGGCAGCGCAAGCGGGGUGUGCGUUGCCUGCUGCUGCUGUGCCAGGGCAGCCACGA